AUGAGCUUUUCCAAGCUGUGCAAGUGUGAGAACUUCUUCCUUGCCUCUCCGAAGCGAGGUCUCGUCUAUGUUGGGGCCGGUGAUGAUCUCUGGGAACCGAAAGGUUCCGACUUGACAUGGUAUUACAAUUUCGCGCCCUCGCCCUCGCUUCAAGGCAGCGACCUGGAAUAUGUCCCAAUGCUAUGGGGCGAUAGAUCAGAAGACUCUGGCUUUGACUCCACGGUGGAAAACUUGCUACAAUCAGGCAUCAACGUCAAGCAUGUCCUCGGGAUGAAUGAGCCUGAUUUGUGUGCCGAUGAGUCCGCCGGAGGCUCAUGUAUCGAAGCGAAGAAAGCUGCCUCUAUAUGGAAGCAGGAGAUCGAGCCUCUAAAACACCAAGGCAUCUCACUCGGGGCGCCUGCUGUAACCCAAGGCGGCCUGUGGUGGCUGCAGGACUUUUACACUGAAUGUGACGGAGGAUGCAGCACCGAUUUCCUGCCAAUCCACGUCUACAGCGAUUUCGUUGGUCUUGCGAGCUACGUCGGUCCGGUUCACGAGACAUACCCGAAUAUGAGCAUUUGGGUCACGGAACUCGCUUAUCCCAACGCCACCGUCCCUGAGUCCGAGCAUUACUACAACCAGACGGUCGAUUUUCUAGAUGGCUUGGACUAUGUUGCCCGCUACUCUUACUUUGGCAGCUUUCCUCCGGAUGCUGCAUCGUCGUGGGUUGGCUCAGGGGGGACUAUGAUGAACAACGAUGGUGAGCUCACGAACAUCGGGGCCUGGUACCUGGGCAUGUCGUCGGCGGAGGCUGGUACCAAGCCGGAGAGUGCUGCGAUGAUUCUAUCUCGACCGUGUCUACCUGCUUGGGUACUACUGGGCGCCUUAUGGGCAUUUGUGCUUGAGCUGGGUUAA